UUUAGUCAUUUUUAGUCUACUGUGUGUAUUUUUUCAACUUGAACUGGUUUUAUUAUCUGUUACAAGCAAGCAUGAAUAAUAGCUGCUAAAUGUCUACUGCAGUCCUUUUUUAUGUCCACUACUUGACUUCCACACCCAGGUUUUAGCACCAACACAAUGAACCAUAAAAAAGAAAACAAUAAAAGCACACACCCAUGGCUGUGAGGGCGUGAGGCUGACGGAAGUUACACACUCUUGCUCAUCCUCAGGUGUGAUCAGUUUCUUACGACCUUCCACAUCCUCGCACACUGGGAACAUCUCCGAUCUUCAGGGAAAGUAAAAUGAAGUCCUGGUAUUUGCUUGUGCUGCUCGUCAGCGGAGCUCAGACAUUGUGCGUCACCAUCGAGUCAGUGCCAGGCGUGGGUGUCGACGGAACCAUCCAGACCGAGCUGGAGAGGACGGUGUCGCUGGUGUGUCGACCCGGCAGCGCCCCCGACCUUCCACCUCGAGAGGGCUGGGAGGAGGAGGAGGAGCUGGUGUGGCUCAGGAAUGGCGCCGUGGUCAGCCUGAAGGCGGGCAACCAGAAGGGCAGCAGCAGCGUGUGCGUCACGCCCAUCAUCCACGGGGACAACGGCGCCACCUUCACCUGCCACCUGAGGAGGAACGCCUCCAUACAGGCCUCCGUCACCUUAAACGUCACAUAUCCUCCCACGCUGUCAGGAUCCGAGGAGGUGUCAGUGGAGGAGGCGUCGCCGCUCGUCCUGCGCUGCGACGUCUUUGCCAACCCACCCGUCAUGUCGCCGCUGUGGACCCUCAACGGCAGUGUGGUGGACCUUUCGGCAGGCGGCUUCACGGUGACCAACGAUGGCUUUGUCAGCCAGCUGAGCGCCAGCAGCGCGGAAAGAAGCCUGCACGAAGGCCGGUACCAGUGCACAGCGGACUCUCCUGUCUACGGAGCCAAGACCAGGGUCUUCCAGGUCACAGUCACAGACAAGACCACCAAGUUCCCACUGGUGCCCAUCAUUGCAGGAGUGGUGGUGGUGUGCCUCACGGGACUUUUCGCCAUCAUCUCACGCUGGAGCAGAAUCACAAAGGUAGCACGGCACACCUGCUGCAAGUGAAUAAACGUCACGUCUUCGGAGAUGAGUCAUGAAGAUGCCUCCUGGAGCCACCGGCUGUGAUUUUUUUUCCCCCCGUUUAUUUAGUUUCUAAUUUUAUACCAAGGUUAUUUAUAAAAACGCUGCUCUAUAAGAGCAGAUGCAUGUGACCGCCUGCAGCUUACACGUGUUACUUGUUUUUCCGGACUAAUCUGGGCUGUUGUAUUUUUGUUUUUUUUAUUUUGCAACAAAAAUGCAUUUUGUUUUAUGAACAAACACGGAAGCACAAUUAACAUAGUAGAAUAACAACAAGAAUAAAAUCACUCUUCUAAAACAGGCGUGCCCAAAGUUGGGGUGGGAAUCUCUGGUCACCUCAAGAUUCGAUGCGAUUACGAUUGAGAGGCCUGCGAUGCGAUGAAGUCACGAACGCUUAUUGAUGCAUCUUGAUGCAUCUUUUUUUGUGACCAAUAGUUUGACAAUUUUUAAUGCAGAAUUUUCUCUCUAUAGAAUUUCUUUUUACUCACUGUGUACUACUAAAACAAAGCAUAUUUGUCAUGAUCCACAAUUAAAAUAAACAUGAAACCGAUAAAUUUACUUCCAGUAUCUUUUAAUGAUUGGAAGGUUUCAUCUACCGACAUAUUUCGCAUUAAGUAGAUUGCGCCAGCAGCAGCAUGUACAAAAUGAACACAAACUUCAGAAUAUGCUGAAUAACCAACAUUAAAAUUAAAUCUGGCAUUAUUCAUAAAUAAAUAAUAAAGACUUCUGAAUUCAAACAA